UAUAACGUGCUUGUGGUCAUCAGUACGCGACCUCAGCUGUUCGCUGGAAAACAUCGAAACGAAACGAAAUUUAAAGCAAAUUUAAACAAAAUUUAUACACAAUGUCGAACAAAUUGAUUACAGAUACUUUUCCUACAGUCAAGAAGCAAAAGGUUAUCAAACAAAAGCCUCAAUCGGCGAAAACGCAAGAUAAAAAAGCUGAAGUUAAAAAGAUAGAUGUGGGUGUUUCUGUCCAAGACGAGAAAACACGUUUAUCGUUACUCAAAGAGUUUGAUUUAAACUCCGAGUAUGGUCCAUGUAUAGGAAUAUCAAGGCUGCAGAGAUGGGAGAGAGCUGAGAAGUUUGGUCUACAUCCAUCACAAGAUAUCAAAGAUAUCAUAACACAACAUCUAGAUGAUGAAACAUAUACUGAAUGCAUUUGGAAAGAUGAGAAACUAUAGUAAAAAACACCUAUUUCCUGGCUCAGAAUUUGGAAACACUAAUAUUGGAAGUUGCCAUGAAUGAGUAGUGCCCUGUGGAAAUAAUAGGUUCUACAAUAAUACAAAAUACAAACAUUACAUUCAUAACCC